UGUAUGUCAGAAGCUGGUGUGCCAAAUUCAUGACCGUACCAGCCUGGCGGUCAUCUUUGAAUCCCGCUUUGUCGGUAAAUACAGUUUUGUCAUUAUCAAACGGAGUCAUUUCGUAUUUUGCAUUUUGGUUUAACGAACAUAGGAAGAGUUGCGGUAGUUCCGAUACAUAACACGCUAUUCAUUGAAACUCAGUACAUUAAUUUUGUUAGCGUAGUUUGAAACCGGUCGCUCUGUGGUAAUCUACACGCGUAACGGCGCGAAUUCCAAAUCGAAACGUGCUUGGGGACGCUCUUUUUCCGGUUCGCAGAUAAUCUUAAGUGCUAGUGAGUAACUUUUGUGAACUGUGUGGUUAAUAUCUCUUUCCCAAACGAAAAUGCCUACUUGGACGCAGAUGCAAUCACAGCUACGCAAUCCUAGCAAUCCGGUGGUGUUUAUGGAUAUUACCGUCGGAACAGCGGAAAUUGGCCGCAUGGUAUUUGAACUAUAUGCGGAUGCUGUACCGAAAACGUGUGAAAACUUUCGACAGUUCUGUACGGGCGAGUACAAAAAGGAUGGUGUCCCGAUAGGAUACAAGGGUUCGAGCUUUCAUCGCGUUAUUAAAGACUUUAUGAUACAGGGAGGCGAUUUUGUAAAUGGCGAUGGAACGGGUGUUAUGAGCAUCUACGGAAGUGCCACCUUCCCCGAUGAACACUUUUUGCUGAAGCACGACGCACCCGGUCUGCUCUCAAUGGCUAACAGUGGGAAGGAUACAAAUGGUUGCCAGUUUUUCAUCACCUGUUCAAAGUGUAACUUCCUCGACUAUAAACACGUCGUGUUUGGGCGCGUACUGGAUGGGCUGUUAAUUAUGCGUAAGAUAGAAAACGUUCCGACGGGACCGAACAAUAAGCCGAAGUUACCCGUAGUCAUAUCGCAGUGCGGACAGCUGUAACAGCAUUCCAGCGGACAGUGGUGCUGUAUAAAAUUGUAAUAAACCCAACGAAGCGCCUGCUAGAAUCUUCGGUGUUUAAAACAGCAAGUACCGUGUGUUGUAUGGAUUAUAAAACCGGUGAUGAUUAUGAAAAUGAACCUAUGGAACACUUGGUUCACAUUCCAGCGUAUGGUCCGGGUGCCAUAAUUAACCACGUGGAGUUCAUAUUGCCCUUGAAUGAGGAUUGGUGGAUUGUAUUUAUAAACAUGUUUUUC